AUGGUCGAAACCAAGAAAGAGCUCGAUGAGCGCCGAACGAUUGCGAAGCUCAAACGGGAGUCCGCGAUCGACGGUAUAAAGGCUGUGCAUGCCAUGAUAGCUCGCGUGAGUACAGAUCCAGGCUUCAUUCCCAAAUUUAUUUUAAACGUUGAUGGUCUCGAUGCUUUGUGGUCCCAAUUCAAGGUCGACGAUAACGCGUUUUUGGAAUGUCUCGUUAAGUUGAAUAGAGCAUCGGAGUACGUGGUAGGACAAGCUGGUGAAAUGAGUGCUCUAAUCAAUUCCGCGAGAGCCGUCGCCAAUUUACAUCGCCCAACGCGUUCCAUGUCCGCGGUGGACAACAAUGCCGGAAAUACGUCAAGCUUAUCUGGCGCAUCACAAUGUCAAACUUUCUCGCGACUCCCUGAGAUCCCGCUACCAAAGUUCGGAGGUGAUUUCCACUUGUGGCCGUCAUUUCGUGAUAGGUUCACGGCAUUGGUCGACGUCCGCCCGGGACUCUCAAAUAUCGACAAGUUACAUUAUUUGACUGGUUGUCUGCACGGUGUUGCACUGGACGCUAUUCGUAGCAUACCCGCGUCUGACGAAAAUUACAAACUUGUAUGGUCCACACUGACAUCACGGUUUUACCGACCCCGUAUGGUCGCGACGUCUUUGAUCGAAAAAUUGCUAAACGCGCCGUCGUCGUCCCAGGAAUCUUUGCAGGAUCUCACCACCCUGUUGACCACAUUCGAAGAAAACAUUUCACUACUGUUCGCGAUGGACAUCCCCGAUUUCGGAUCGUUCGUGUUGUUUUCUUUAGCCUUUCGCACGUUACCGCUCGGUACUCGGAAGAUGUUUGAGUCCACCAUAUCCAGCAAUGUUACGUAUCCUUCCGUCGAUAAAUUGUUGGACUUCAUCCGUGGUCGCAUUACAGUGUUGGAAAAUGUCGGUGAAUCGAAGAAAGCCAGUAAUAAGUCGAAGGUGUACCCUAUCACAGGACCGGUUGCCAACCUUCGGUCGGGACAACGUAAUCCUGUAGCUUUAGUCGCUGCUAAGCCACCAAGCACCGGCUCUAGUGAUUCUACCGUAUCGUGUCCAUGUUGUUUAGAGUCACACACUAUUAGCAAGUGUUCAAAAUUCCGAUCGUGGUCCUUGGACAAUCGGAAUGAAUGGGCCCAUGACAAUAAAGUGUGUUUUAACUGCCUCGGCGGUAACCACUGGAUUCGGGCUUGUCCAUCGAAAUCGAGAUGUCAGACAUGUUCCAAAAAGCACCAUACGCUUUUACAUGGUGCCACGUCUACGCCUAAGGAUAACGGAGUUGAAAACAGCGAAGACGCCGGGGAAGCGUCAUGUUGCGCUGCAUCGUUGUCGCCGCGCCCGAGUGCGAUACCGACCGUAUUGUUAGGUACCGCGUUAAUUCAUGCCCGCGAUAGGGCUGGUACGUGGCAAACCGUCCGCGCCUUGGUGGACUCCGCGUCGCAGAUCAGUGCUAUGACGGUCGCGUGUUCAACCCGUCUUGGGUUCAGGCCCCGACCAUGGACUAUGCCAGUAAGUGGUCUAUCCGGCACGCCCGUUAUCAGCGUCAAAGGUGUCGUUGAGUGUCAUGUACGACCGCGAUUCGCGUCCGAGCCCGAACUCGCUGUCCAGGCGUGGGUGUUGCCGUCCAUCACAAGCGAUAUGCCACGCACCUCACUCCCUACGGAUAUAAAGGACCGAUUUUCUAGUUUGGCAUUAGCGGACCCUCAGUUCCACGAAACUCAGCCGGUUGAUAUGUUACUUGGUGCUGACGUAUUCUCCGCAAUUUUGGAUGGUCGAAAAGUCAAAAUCGACGAAUCGUUACCAACGGCUUUUAGCUCGAUAUUCGGAUGGGUCCUCAUCGGGCCACUCCCGGCGGUUCUUACCUGUCAUCUCACCACACCAGUGUCCUUAGCGACCUCCAUUGAAGAUAUGAUGGGAAAAUUUUGGGCUGUCGAAGAACCGGACGCCGCACCGUCAUCGUUCACUGACGAAGGUUGGUGCGAGACCCAAUUCCGCACUGAACAUAGUCGUUUGCCGUCCGGUCGCUUUCAAGUGCCACUCCCAGUUCGUAAACCGAUACCACAGUUAAAUUUCCCGGGUUCGCGCUCCGUAGCGCUAAAGCGUUUUGAAUCGCUCGAACGCAAAUUGAGUGCCAAUACCACACUGCGUGACGCGUACCGCGAUUUCAUGUCCGAAUAUUUGUCGCUUGGUCACAUGUCGGUGGCCGCCACUCCAGGGCGAUACAUUAUCCCCCAUCAUGCAGUUUGUCAACAGUCCAACGGUGGUUUAAAGAUCCGGGUCGUGUUCGACGCUUCGGCCACGGCUCACGACGGGACGUCGUUAAAUAAUUGUCUCCACCAGGGUCCUAAGCUUCAACAGGAUAUUGUGGACAUCUUGACUCGAUUCCGGGUACACAAGCUGGCGUUCACUACGGACAUUUGCAAAAUGUAUCGGCAAGUCUUAGUGGCGCCCGAGUACCGUCCACUCCAACACGUGUUGUGGCGAGCGUCUCCGCAAGACCAACUCGUUGAGUAUGAGUUGAAUACGGUGACGUACGGCUUGAAUUGCGCUCCGUUCUUAGCGCUUCGCGUGUUAGCUGCCAUCGCUGAUGAAGACCGCGCGGGAUAUAAAACCGUACGUCAGGCGAUAUUGCAGCAAACCUAUGUCGAUGACAUAUGUGUGGGAGCAGAUUCAAUCGACGAUAUUUUAUCGCUUCAGCAUGACUUAAUCACCGUGCUAGGCAAAUCAGGCUUGGAGCUUAAGAAAUGGUCCAGUAACUGUCCCGCGGUUCUCGACGCUGUACCUUCUUCCGCAUGUGCUACGGGCCCGUUACCUUUCGACGCUGUGGAUGGGGGUGGUAUCAAGGUUCUCGGCCUGCAAUGGCAGCCAACCGAGGAUGUUUUUGGGUGUGCACUCCGGUGUGAGUCACCACCUGUAUACACUAAACGUGGCGUAUUAUCGAUGAUCGCACGCAUUUUCGAUCCGUUGGGUCUAUUUUCACCGGCCACCUUUUAUGCGAAGCAUAUUAUGCAACGGACAUGGCUCGAAAAACUUGGCUGGGACGAACCGCUUCCUCAUGACAUACAACAGGAUUGGACUACAUUCGUUGAAUCAUUACCGUUUUUACGUCCAAUAAAAAUUCAUCGUUUUUUUAACACGCGGUCCGCCGCCACCUGUUUGUUGUUGGGAUUUUGUGAUGCAUCACAACACGGAUACGCCGCUGUCAUAUAUCUUCGCGUGCUGGACGACCGGGGUGACGCUCGAAUUUCAUUGGUCGGAUCGAAAACGAAGUUGGCGCCAAUUAAACCCUUAACUAUCCCACGGUUGGAGUUAAACGCCGCUGAGUUGCUGGCGCGUUGGUUAAACCGCGUCAAAUGCACUCUCGAUCAACAACUGCACAUCGCCGGUGUAUAUGCAUGGACGGACUCGACGAUCGUACUGUCAUGGUUGGUCAACCGCCAUGAAACGUUCAAGAUAUAUGUAUCCAACCGGGUACACAGAAUAAAUUCGCUCCUCCCGGGUUGUAUUUGGUCACAUGUAUCGUCGGCGGACAACCCCGCCGAUUGUGCUUCCAGAGGUGUAUUACCAUCAGAGCUUGCGUCAUUAACUCUUUAUUGGGAAGGUCCUAGUUUUCUUCGCUGUGACCCGUCAUCGUGGCCAGCGGGUGCCACGAUGCUUCCCUUGAACGAGUUACCUGAAGUCCGAGUGUCUUCGUUGACUGUCAGCGCUCAACUUCCCACUACCGAGUGGUUCGACCGUUUCUCGUCGUAUGACAGACUGUUACGCGUUGUUGCUCGUAUUCUCCGGUUCAUACACAGGUUCCGUAGCCGCGUACCGUGUGAGCGACCGAUAGCUUUCGCCCGUCAUGAGGUCGACGCAGCCCUUCGCUCGUUAGUGAUAGAGUCACAACGGACAUUUUUUUGA